GCUUCAUGGCAUAUGACUGGCUAGUAGAUCCGUUCUUGAAGCAGAUCAGCGGAAGUAACUUGGAGCUGAUAGAAGAUAAGUCAUGCGGCAUGAUGUUCUAAUGUUCAUCUACAACUGAUGUAAAUCCAUGAGAGAACACUCGAGAAGCUUCAUACUAUGUACACUUAGCGCCAGUGUCUCUCGACGACCAUAGGAUUUAAUGUCGCGUCAACUCGAUAUUAUCAUUGCCGAAGCAGGCAUCAGUGGGCUAAAUGUACAUCUGCAUAUCAUUGGUGCAAGGUCACUUACGCAGGAUUCGGGCCACAGCAGCCCUGUUCUUGUCUUACUUGAAUGCAAAUAUCGUAGUACUUAAGAGUCGCCCUCGUACAGGAUCUACCGAAACCGGUGUUGUGGUGCUGGGGCCGAAUGGAAUGCAUGUUCUUCAAGGGCUUGGAUUAGCGGAAUCCCUUCAUCACUGGCCCAGUGGCACCCAGGCUCCAUGGGCGCAUAUGUAUGAGUCAUCCAGUGACCUGCUGGGUAAAAUCCCAAGACGCCAAAGAGUUAUCUGAUGGAGUCAUCGUUCGCUGGCGCAAAGGGAGCGUGGAGACAGAAAUAAAGGUUGACCUUUUGGUCGGCGCAAUACGAAGGAUGUAUGCUAGUUUGAAUAUACCUGCGCCGCGAAAACCUAGGUACAGUGGUUUAGGCUAACCGACGCGGAGCCCAGAAACGGGAAACAAGUGCUUUCGAGAUGUUCAUAAAAUGAGAAUCGUGAAGGAGAGCGGGAUGGACGGUUUGGGCACAAAGUGCUUAGAAUCGAGGACUGGGUCAAGAUACGCGAGAGUAGCCAAUCUUCGUAGAUCUUCCCUCUAGCGUCACGGUUGCCCGGACGUAUCAGGAUGC